GUUUUAAACGUCAAAAACAUGCUUACCUAUCUCAGUACAGCCACUACAUUAUACUAUGAGGAUUUUAUCCUUUCCUAGAUACCUGGGUUUAUUGUAGGUACUUUAGUUAUUGUUGGUUUCUGACAGAGAUGGAAAAACUCCUAUUACUACCUAAGGUAUAUUUCGAAAAUUCGGUCCCUUCUUAGAUGCCAUCUAUCUCACCCGGAAUGACCGUUUUUCCACUCCAAGAAUAAGAAGACAUGAGGUAUGCUGCUAUUAUGAGGCGCCUAGGAGAAAGAUGGCGGCAGAAAUGGCGGAAGGUAAGCGAUAAGCUUACCUCCCAUGCGUAGGAAUAGGCUGAAGGAACCGUAAGAAGGCCUCUCUUGUGUAACACGCCGAAGGUGCCAGGGUGUGAGCUUGUUAGCUUGGACGGUAGGAGAAAAAAUCAAAAUGACUCCGCCUUGAAGUUUUCCCUCCUUAUCUACCUAAUAGGAGCCCCUCUCGCAGGAACGGGGGUCUACAGGCAUGCAGGUUUGAAAUGGCUUGGAAUCUAGUGAUCGAGUAUACUUUGAGUUAUAGUUGUCAAGUUUCUUUUGAAUAAUUUCUUUUGGUCGCAUUCCUCGUUAUCUUGCAUUUCUCAAAGACCUAUCCAAACGUGGAAGUUCACUUUUCCUUGGUAUCACUAACUAUGAUUAAUAACCCUCCACGAGCAUCUCGGCAGCCCAAGCUGCGAUCCAGUUGUGAUGGAUGCGGCUCCGCAAAGCUCAAAUGUGAUCGAGGGCAGCCCGAAUGUGGAAGGUGUGUGUCGCUUGGCAUCGUCUGUGUCUAUGGCGUAUCACGGAAGAUGGGUAAACCACCAAGAGAAAGACUACACAUUCCAGCUGUACUUGGCACCCCUCGCACAACAGGAGAGCAUCGUCGAAAUAGCAAGGAGGGCGGACUCGACGGUAACAGUUACAACCGUCGUGCCGGGAGUUCUGUCAGUGAUACUAUCUUGCCGAGAACAAAUUCAAGUUCAAGUAUCAAUGAUAUGCAUUCAAACUGGGGCGCGGUGGAGGAAUUUUCCAACAAAGCUAUGACGAGUGUUAACGUGCUGGAUGAGUUCCACAACGACCAAUUAGGGCCAACACUCGCGAAUUUCUCGUCUUUGGAUACGAACGAGUGGGUUUUCACAAACAUUCUAGCGGACGAUAUUUCAUCUACCAACCUAGAUAGCGAACCAUUUCCAACUCUAGGCUGGCCAGAGUUUGAAAGUCCCCCAGCUUCAACGGAGCAAGCAACCGGUGCUCAUACCCCAGCGGACGACAGAAUGUAUCUGGAUAGCCCCUUUAUGCAACAUGACGACACCAGACAUCACGACUGCUCGAGGGAAGCACACGAGGUCCUAAAUAGUUUAUCUUCCCUAAAUAUCAGCACAGCCCACUCUAAGACCACAUCGUCACCCCACACGCCAGCUACCUCCAUAAAUCACGUUCCCUUGGAUUUUAUAUUACACCUUAACCGCGAGGCUACGGAGAGACUCAGUCACUUAUUGAGUUGUUCUUGCGCCAACUACCCCCAUCUUGCAUUCCUUUAUGCCUCGAUUAUCGGUCGGAUCCUGCUAUGGUAUGGCCGCGAAGCGGGAUGCUCUAGAACAUCCUCGCUGGGUCCUACGCCAAAUACAACUAUACGUCAUGGCAUGUCGCCGUCUUGUUCUUCCACCGGAUCGAUGUGCAGGUCACCAUCAUCUUGGCUGGGCGCAGGACCCAAUAGUACCGCGAACACAAGUGUUAGCGGCUCGAGUACUCCACCACGCACGCGAACCACAACAACGGACCUCGCCCCGACGCAGAUGACCAUGGGAUGUUUUAGUAUCGACGAUCAGCUGGUGCAGGCCGCCCUGAGAAUUCAGUUAUUAUUAGGCGAGAUGAAGAGAGUUGGAUAUCUAAUUGAUGUAUUUGCAUCCCGAAGUUCCAACAAUGUCGAUGAGUCAGCUUCGGGGAAUAUAGACGAUCUGUACAAAAGCUUAGGCGCAUGGUUAAGAAAAGAUCACUUGAGAAUAGUCGAGAUGAUGAGAGUUAGAUUACGGGAUGUUAGUAUAUAGAUAAGACCCGAGUGGUUAUAGAUCAUAUCAAUUAUCAAAGUCCAUAAAGUUUAUUAUUCUCGCAAAAAAG